AAAGCGUGGAUGAUGAGAAACGUGAUGCUAGAGAUUACCGGGAAGCAGAGCGAGGUGGUCUUCAAAAUUAUAACCGAGACAAAUCGGCGCAAAUCUUCUAACAGCUUUUAAAGAAGAAGACUUACGAAGAAGAGUGUCUUAAUUCUUGAUUUUUCGUUCGUGUUCGCAAACAGUCUUGGGAUUUCCGAAGCCGGUGUGUAACGUUAACGUGCCGCAGUUAUCGCUGAUAUAAUCCCGAUCUAAAAGGAAUGCCAAGGGAACUAACCCAAAACAGGAUCCAAAAAAUCUGGAUUCCCUCUAAGGAUGACAAACCUUCAAUGCCCCGCAUAUCACAUGGAGGCCCCCACCUGGCAAACCCCCCAACAGUGAUAGUGAUGGUAGGGCUUCCUGCUCGGGGCAAAACCUACAUUUCAAAGAAACUCACACGCUACCUUAACUGGAUUGGUAUUCCUACAAAAGUCUUUAACGUUGGCGAGUAUCGACGAGAGGCAGUGAAACACUAUAGCUCUUACGAUUUCUUCAAAUCGGACAACGAGGAUGCCGUAAAAAUCCGACAGCAGUGUGCCUUGGCCGCUCUGAGAGAUGUCAAGACUUACCUCACUGAAGAGGAAGGUCAAGUGGCUGUUUUUGAUGCUACAAACACAACUAGAGAGCGACGAGAUAUGAUCUUGGAGUUUGGUGCGGUAAAUGACUUCAAGAUUUUCUUCAUUGAGUCUCUUUGUGACGACCCAAAUGUAAUCGCUACUAAUAUCUUGGAAGUUAAGGUGUCAUGUCCUGACUAUCAAGAUUGCAACAAGACUGAUGCCAUGGAGGACUUUAAGAAAAGAAUCGAAUGUUACAGGAUGAACUAUCAGCCGCUUGACCCUGACCAAUAUGACAGAAAUUUGUCCUUCAUCAAAGUGAUUGACGUCGGUCGCAGAUUCCUGGUGAACCGUAUUCGAGACCACAUCCAGAGUCGGAUCGUCUACUAUCUGAUGAACAUCCACGUGCAGCCGCGGUCUAUUUAUUUGUGUCGCCAUGGUGAGAGCCUACACAACCAGCAGGGACGUCUGGGCGGAGACUCUGGACUGUCUACACGAGGACGAAAGUUUGCAGGAGCUCUCGCUAAAUUUGUAGAAGAGCAGAACUUGAAGGACCUGAAGGUUUGGACAAGCCAGCUGCGUCGCAGUAUCCAAACCGCCGAGGCCCUCAAUGUGCCAUACGAGCAGUGGAAAGCCCUGAAUGAGAUUGAUGGCGGUGUCUGUGAGGAGAUGACCUAUGAAGAAGUGAGGGAGAGGUUUCCAGAGGAGUUUGCUCUCAGAGAUCAAGACAAAUACUAUUACCGCUACCCCUCCGGAGAGUCAUAUCAGGAUUUGGUUCAGCGGGUGGAACCAGUGAUCAUGGAACUGGAACGACAUGAAAAUGUUCUGGUCAUUUGUCACCAGGCGGUGAUGCGCUGCCUUCUAGCCUACUUCUUGGACAAAAGUGCAGAUGAGAUGCCAUACCUGAAGUGUCCACUCCACACAGUACUGAAGCUGACCCCGGUGGCUUAUGGAUGCAAAGUUGAAUCCAUCUCUCUGAAUGUGGAGGCAGUGAACACACAUAGAGACAAACCAGAAGAUGUGAAGAGAGGCCCGAGCACUCUGAUCAGGAGAAACAGUGUGACCCCUCUCACCAGCCCUGAAUCCAAUAAGAAGCCCCGCAUGGAGGGUCUGGAAGACACUAUCUUCAGAGAGGUGACGCCCACCCAGCUGACCCUGUGUUCACCUUCACACACCACUCUCGCUCUGUCCACGCAGCACUGGCUUAGUGAAGCUUGUCUAACCUGAAGAAAUGCUCCACGGAGUGCCAUGAACCCCCUCAGCUCUGCCUCUGAGAUUUUAAGACUGUAUUGCUUGACUCAUCGCAGAAGAGUUUCCUGCCAAGCUGCUUCCUCUUUUCCUCCCAGAGAGCUGCAUGAGUUUUCGACUCCCAAAAAUGGACACUGAGUGCAGCUGUGGGUUUUCCUGUUGGUCCUUCAUGAAUGUGUAAUUAAUGUGUGUAUCGUGUGGUUUGUACUAGUAUGGAGUUCAGUCAUUUUUAUGUGUGUUUUUUGGGUAUGAAGGGAAAACCGGAUCCCAUUGGCAGUGAUUGUUUCCAAACACCCACACAUUAUCGGACACUUUUUUUCUGUUAAUGUAACACGAUAACACUUUUUUUUAACAUUGAUGUUAAGAAUAUGCCCUGAACUUUAGGAAGCACGAUGCUAAAACACACCAAAGAUCACCCGCAGACACUUACGGCUGAUUCAUGGCUUUUCUGCACGAGCUUUCAAACAUAUGCUGCAAAUACAUUGCACAUUAUAAUUGCACAUUUAGAUCAUUAAGAUUUAUUUGUCUUAAUUUCCUUGGGCAGUGAUCUUUCAUCUUUCCGUUUGUUAUGUUGCUCGCAAUUUUGUGAGCGGUUUAAAAGUUUUCAAUGUUGUCCGCUGCAGUUUCAGAUGAUUUGUGUUAUGGAUAUGGAUUUGUGAGUGUGGUUUUUGUUUUGUGUGUUUUCAUUUGUGCGUUUUUAAGACCUGAGGACAAGGUUGAUAUGCAAGGUUAUAAAAACAGGGUGUUUUAUGUGUGAUUGGAGUGGGACGAAGUGAAGUAGUGUUUAUAUUUGUUGUAUAUAUUAUUUUAUAAGUAUUUUAUGGAGUGAUUGAUGUCAGAUACAUUUUUAUACUGUACAUUUCUUAAUUUCCUAGAGUGCCUAGUGCUUGAGCUAUCAUGCCAGAGCUGAUUUUUUUUUUUACAUUCUAAUACGAUAAUUAUAUUAGAAAAAAAAAAAAAUAUAUAUAUAUAUAUAUAUAUAUAUAUAUAACAUUGUACUUUUAUCAUUUCAGCUUUGUUAUUGUAUGUCACAAACUGAAGAGAUUUAACUAGUGUUUGGUAUUGUAUGUACAGAUUUACCCUUGUAAACCAAAUGUUUACAAUUAGAAUUAAGAGACUUUGUAGGAGUAAAAUUUCAGCACUUCAAAUCGAAGUACCAGCUUUAAUUGUAAAUAUACUGUUCUGAGAAGACCAUCUGUGGCUCCAUUUUUAGUGUAAAACAUUCUGUUCAUCACACGACUGAUUGCAAUGUUGUACAUUGGCUCUUAACAGUAAUUAAUUUGUGUGCUUCUGAUACUUGUACCAUAUUUUGUAAUAUCUUUCCUGUUUUUGUUAAAAUAAUAUUUAUUUAUUUGUACUAGACUGCGUUUCAAGCACUUUGUUCAUCACGGAGAUCAUACAGCAUAUCAACAAGUCUAAUCAUGGUCCCAUUCGAAAGAAAGAAAGCUAUUUAUAUGCAUUUACUACAUCAAUAAACAGUCUAAAUGAG